UUUCGUUUUGUCGAUACCAUGUUUCGUUACACGCAUAUUCGUUCACGUCCUAGCAUAUCCUUCAGGGUUGUCGGGAAUUCCAAUAUUGCACUUUACCUAGCGACCGAUUCUUUGCGAAAGUAUGCCACCAAAUGGCAAAGAAUGUUUUACCUCUUUGGAAUUGUAACUUUGUUUGGCUUAAGGACCUUUUCUUAACUAGUUCUUGGUAAACAGCGCCCUGUUUACCACCGAGCAGACCACCCUACACAUGUCCUGGACCAUGGUGGAUGAACGUAAUUUUGUUGUCCAUUUACCGACGAUCAUUUGGCGACCACUCGCUAACUGAUAGGGGCAGCAGCUGUUACAGCCAACCCUCCCCGUUCGCAUCUCUUAUCUCUGGGUGGCUCUGUCUAGCGUCGACGUUGGUCGGGGUAAAGGAAUUGAUGUAAGGAGGUGGCUAGAAUCGGUGUUUGGUUUGUCGUUUUCUGUUGACAGUGAGUCACACGCAGACGCAGGCGAGAAUCGCUGAAACGGACCCAGCCCCGUUCAAAGGUGGUGCUGUUAAAGCCAGUUCCUUCGAGACCAGACCGCUCAAUUACCGGCUUCAGUUAGAAAGUAAUCGCUGGAACGCUCCACUCGCACCAGUUGCUGUUUGCCUAGCGCGUCAACAUGGAUCAGGUGGAUGAACAACAACCGAAAACACCGAACCCUUCUCCCACCGACAGCGAUCUGGCCAAUGACGACAGUCCGCUCGAGAAGACGCUGCCAUCCGGCAAGGGGAUGGCCAACGGGUCCAGCGGUAUGCGCGCCGGGACUAACGUGGAACGAUGCGGUUCGCCCUGGCAACGUAAGCAACUGGUUGAUGUGAAACCACACGGAAGCCUCGAUCUGAGCAAGCUGGGCAUGCGGCGCAAUUCUAGCUAUAGCAAGAUACCAUCGGAGGCUCCAGAGGCUCGUGUAUUGGUUAUCUACACCGGAGGAACGAUAGGAAUGAUGCGCAACGAGAAAAAUGCCCUGGAACCGAGGCCACUCGAGUUUGUGCGCAAAAUACGUCAGUACCCUAACAUGCACGAUGAUGUGUACGCAACGAAGCGGUACGGUCCGGCGAAAAACAUGGCCCCGCUGGUGCUACCGUUCGUCGAGGGUCAACAUCGGCGCAUUCUGUACCAGAUAUCGGAGUAUGAACCGCUGCUCGACUCGUCCAAUAUGACCAUCAGCGAUUGGGUGCGCAUCGCCACCGACAUUCGCCAGUCGUACGAGUUCUUCGAUGGAUUCGUUAUCCUGCACGGCACGGACACGCUGUCCUAUACCGCAUCGGCCCUGUCGUUCUUGCUCGAGAACCUUGGCAAGACGAUCAUCAUCACCGGCUCGCAGAUACCGAUCUUUGAGACGCGCACCGAUGGCAAGGAUAACUUCAUGUCGGCACUCAUACUGGCCGGCAAUUACGUCAUCCCGGAAGUGUGCAUCUUCUUCAACAGCCGGCUGUUCCGGGGCAAUCGAACGGUCAAGGUGAGCAGCGAGUCGCUGGACGCUUUCAAUUCCCCCAAUGCUGCUCCGCUGGCCAAGAUGGGCAUCAAUGUGGAGGUCGACUAUCGGGGCAUCUUUCGGCCGUGCACGGUCGAUAAGUUCACCGUGCAUCUGCAGAUGGACGAGAACGUGGGACUGUUGCGGUUGUUCCCCAGCAUCUCGGUGGCCACCGUGCACGCCUUCCUGCAAGCACCGAUGCGUGGUGUGGUCCUCCAAACGUACGGUGCUGGCAAUUUCCCCACCAACCGGUUAGAUCUGAUCGCAGCGCUACGGGAGGCAAGUGAGCGUAAGGUGCUGAUCGUCAAUUGUACCCAGUGCAGCGAGGGAGCGGUAUGUGACCUCUAUGAAACGGGCCGUCAGCUGCAGGAUGUCGGGGUGAUCCCGGGGUACGACAUGACGCCCGAGGCCGCCCUUGCCAAACUGUCGUACGUGCUCAGCAAGCAGGAGUGGGAUUGGGAAACAAAGCAGAAGAUGAUGAAAAACAAUCUGCGCGGUGAGCUGACGUGCGAGAAGCCACCGGAAAUGCAGGAAUACGAUCUGAUCGAUGCCGUCGCUCGAACGCUUCAGCUUACCUCGACGAAGGAGCUGAGCCAACUCAAGUCCUCACUGUUUCCGGCCAUGGUCAACACGGCCGUCCUUGAAGGCGAUCUAACGAAGCUAACGAACCUCAAAGGAUACGGUGCAAACAUGUCGGCCGAGAACUACGAUCAUCGGACGGCGUUGCAUGUGGCUUGCUGCGAGGGUAACAUCGAAAUGGUGCAGUAUCUGCUGCAACACGGUGCCGCUGUCCACAUUCGCGAUCGUUACGAUCGCACACCGCUUGCCGAUGCAAUCAUGCAUGACGAUCACCAGGCGAUAAGGUUGCUGAUCAAGUGCGGCGCCCAUCUGACGGGGUCGAUUCGUGCCAUCGGCGAUAGUUUGUGUGCCGCCGCGGCUCGGAAUCAGCUGACACGCCUCGAAUCUUAUCGAAUCGCAGGAGCGGACCUGUCGCAGGAAGAUUCGGCUGGUCGGACCGCGCUGCACUUGGCCGCCAUGUAUGGGCACGUGGAAAUGGUACAGUAUUUGGUGAAAAACUACGCCGAGGUGAAUGCGAUCGAUUACCUCGGUCUGACGCCCUUGGACUAUGCACUGAAGGUAAACUCUGACGCUGUUGUGAACGUGCUAAACGAGCACGAGGCACGCCGAGGUGAUGAGCUAUCGUUUGAGACGAUGGAGAAGAGACCACCGAUAACGGAAUCUUUCGAUUGAAGCGCCAUAGCUGUACGUAUGCGUGUGUACGCUAGGUGUUGAGUGUACAGUAAACAAUUUGUGAUAAUUGAUAAGGAAUAGAGAACUAAUAAAUAGUUGAACAACGCAC